AUGAUUGUCUCAAGAUCACCAGAACUACGAACUUCCUUUUUAACAUUGGAAUAUGGUACAGGUGAUACUGAUCUAGAAAAAUUAUUGAAUGUAGCCCUAAAAAACCCUUCUUGUUGUGAUCAAGCUAAAGCAGCUCUUCGUGAUCUAAACUGUGCAGUUGAAUUUCAAGAACCUUGGAAAGGACCUCUGAAGUCUGUUGUGAUGGAUAGAUAGUAUUUGAUUUUUGUUAUAUAAACAUUUUUAAUAAAAU